CGGGGCCCGCGGUCACUGCCGAACCCUCAAGUCGGGUGAAACUUGAUGGAAAAUGUCCAGAAAAGUUAAAAUUUCCAUAAAGAAGUAAGCCUGACAGAAAUAGGCACACAUAGGAUGUUCUUAUAGAGGAAUAUACCUAAAGAUAAAUCAAGAUGCUUCUGAGUGAGCAAGAUCAAUUCUUGUCUUACAAUGGUGAAGUUCUUGUGUUUCAGUUGUCAAAAACAAAGCAUGCAGAGGAAGCAGAUGAUAAAACAAUGAAUUUAUGUGUCAGAAGGAUGGAAUUCAACAGAGACACUAAACUGUUUGUUCAGAAGUCUUCUGGAGUAUUCAGCAUGGGAGCCAGUCACUCAAAAAUUGAAAUUAUUUGUUGUAGCUGCACAACAGAUUCCAGAACUGGGAUUAUUCUUCCCUGCAUUUUGAUGAAGAAGAAAAAACGGAACAGUGUCAAAUACUUUUUAUUGUUGCUUCACAGUUCAAACCAAUUUGAGCCAUCCUUUUAUUUUAAGUUGGAUUAUGAGCUGAAAGAAGACAUCAGGUUGUUUGCUGGCCCAUCAUUGUUGUGGAGACAUGCCAACAAGCUGUUCUACAUCUCUUCCAACACCCGCGUGGUUCAAAAUGCUCCUGUUCAGCUUUCUUCUGUAGUGUGGACAGGUGAAAUUAUGGGUGAAGGCACUGUUGUCUUAGGGAUAAGAACUGCUUGCCUGCCAGAGACUGAAGAUCCAGAUGGGUUUUCUGUUUCAGACAGAGCCAUCUGGGGUAGUGAGUUCUUUGGAUACGCAGUUCAAACACAGAAAAUGCUGCCUGGCACGUGCUUCAUGCCUCAUGCUUACAGCAGAGUGGUAUCUUCUGUCUGUGUCUGCAAGAGUGAGAGUUUGAAGAAACAGCUCCAGAUCUCUCUUGUUGCCAUAACCCACAAGAACCAGCUUAUUUGGUUCCAAAAUGGUGCCCCUAAAGGUGUUUGUGAGCUUCCUUAUGAAAAGCCAUGUUCAGUAAAACCAGCUCUAACCAGUAGCAAUGAUUUGCUAUUUGUUGUGGCUUUUGCCUCUGGAAAUAGCUGUGUUGUACAGAGGAGAGACAGCUUACAGGUGGCUUCCAAAUGGCAAAAAGUGAAGUGUGUUCUGGUGGAUGAUUUUAUUGGCUCUGGAAGUGAGCAGCUGUUACUGCUUUUUAAGGAUGACUCCAAUACAGACGUGUUAAGUACAUUCAAAAUAACAGAUCUUGGGGAGGUCAACUAUGCAAGUGGUAUCAAUUAUAAACAAAAUGUUCCUGCUGCAGAAGGAUUGCAAGAGAAUGGUUUGCUUACUGUCAGAGCCCUUGAAACAAGAUUACAGGCUGGUUGGACUUCUGUUCGAGAGCUACGGCAGCAUUUAGAACUCCAAAAGAGAGUUAUUCUUGAGUCUUGCAGAGCAUUAAUAGAUCUUGUUGAAGAAAGAACCCAUAUUCUACCAAACUCAAAAGAGGAAGGCCUUGUCUCUCUCUGGGAUGAUGUAGAAAAUCCUCCUGAUUCUCUAAGUAAAGAGACAUCAUUGGCGUCUAAAGUCCCAGAGCACUUCACAGAGGAAUUGUGGCUGCGUGUUGUGGGUGACAGCCUGGUAGUUGGAGUAAAACUAACUGAAUCAUUUUAUUUGUCACUGGGUGAUGUCAGUUUAUCUUUAGUGAUGGAUCAAGACUUCUCUUCGAUUUCUCCAAUUAUCAAGUGCCAAAGUAAAAUCAUUAAGCUGAACAAAGCCUUCUCAGCAUUGACAGUCUCCUCAAGUCAAAUUGAACCUCCUCCAAAAAAGAUGAAAUUGGACUUGCGUAACAGCAAUGAUGUGAAAAAAGAGUUUCCUAAGAGAUCUUCAAGGAUUCAGCUGGAUGAAACAAAGACAGUCACUGCUGUCACCAGCCUUUCACCACUGUUGGCAUUUCAUCGUGUGUGCUGCGUAGUUCUUCUGCAUGCCAGGAAGCAAAACCAUCAGAAUGAUGGUUUACAGCAGAGCAAAAAGAUUACUGUACUCUGUGGGAAAAUUUUGUUAACUCUAGAAGAUAUUUCAAAUGGCAGAUAUUCAGUAAAGAUGCCAAGGGAUAAUAGUUACUGUACAGGUUCCAUGGAAGAUAUACUUGCUGUCCUUGCAGUGUCUGUCAGAUUUUCCUUUCAGAUUAAGUCUUGUGACUACACUUUGACUCCAGUGAGUUCGUGGUUACUGGGAGAAAUGGAGUGCACACCAUUGAAGGGAUGCCAGGACCACAUAUUCUGUCAUAAAGCAGGAAAUGUCCAUGGUACAAUUUUUAAUUGGGCCCUGAAAAAUCCAUUUGAAGGAAUUCUAACAAUAUUUUGCAGAAAUCUGACUGUCUUGUUCCAGUGCCUUCAUAGCCUUACUCGAGUUCUCCCUCCAAGCUGUGGUGUAAAACUCCUGAGAUCUGGAAGCAAAGGAGCACUUACUGAGCAGUUAGCACUGGCUCUGGAAAAGGAAAUGCUCACCUUGAAGAAUUCUCUUUCCUUAAAAAAGGCUGAAAACAGCUUGACAUGGGGGAAUGAGUCUGGCAAGAAAAUCAAUAAUGCUCCUCUGGCUUCUUUACUGGACACCGAGGAAGGAGUCCAGCAAUUCAGAAAGAAGCUUCAGAAUGAGCGGGAGGAGUGUGUGCGAAGCAUGAACCAAACAAUGAAUGGUGCCCUCUACCAGAAAAUUGCUUUGAAAAUAGCAGAAGCUCAGCUCAGUUCAGAUGUGAUUGUGUGGAGACUGGCCAAGUCUUAGAAACUCUUGACUAAAUUUAUUUUGAAAAAAAAUUUAAG